AGCUGAUCGAGAUAUAUCUCUUCUUUUUGUUGUUAGCUAGAGCUAGUGUAACCGCAUUACACUUAUCGUUAAUACUUUAAUAAAGGAACGAGAUUAUGCUCCUCGAUGAUUUUAGUAUAAAUAUAUUUUACGUACUUUAAUUUUUCUUAAUUUCUCUUUUAUUAAAUUAGAAGAGUUAUUGUUAUAAAAAAAGGGAAACAUCAUUCCAAUUCUAAAGUUUCUAUAGCACAUAUAUUUGAAAUUUUUCAAAUACGAUUGAGUAAUUUUAUAUGUAAUAUAAAAUAAAUCAACGUUUUUGGAUAGGUAUAUCGCAUAAAAUUUUAAAAUUUAAAAGAAAAGUACCAAGUAUCCAAAUGCAAAAGAAGUAGAUGCAAGAACAAGUACUUACAACAGUUAUUGAUUAAUUUUAUGCAAGUAUAACCGGUUCUGCUCAAUAAUGGAUAAAAGUGUCUGUGACAAUAAACUACUAAACAAAAAACCACUGAUUCCACAACGUUUAACAAAUAACAAUCAUUCGCAGCACAAAACAUCUCAAUCUGUUGCAGCAAAAAAUAAUGAAAAUAAUAUUGAUUAUAGAAACAUUUCUCUUACUUUAACAGGAGAGAUAAGUUCAUCCUAUAUACAUAGAGAUAAUUUAACACAAAAGCAGCCUAACAUUAUGCUUGUGGAGGACACAGAAGAUGAUGAUGAACAAUUCUUCUCAAAUAUGAAAGAAAUUAUUGACAAGAAUUAUAAAAUGCAGAACAAAGAAAAUCAUAGUAUAAGAGAUUUGCAAAGCAAAUCAUAUUUAUCGAAGAAAAAGAAAUGUGUGUUUAGUGACGAAGAUCAGAAUUUAAUAAAGCGGUUUAAAAAGUCUGUGAAUGAGAACAAAGUUUUGCGUGCAACUUCAGAAAAGCUACAACAGUCUGAAAGUGUUGCUACCGUUAGCAAUUCCAAAUGCUCGAUGAUAACUAGCACUCCAAAGAUUACUUCAGCUGUCACAAUUAAUAAUAUUAAUACAGAUUUCAGCAGAAGUAAUACAAAUCAGUUUUUCUCCGACAUAACUUUGCAAAAAAAUGAUCAAUUGAUAAUGCCCAGAAGUACAGGGAUUGUUACAAAAACUGAAAUUGUUGAAACAGAAAUUGAACAACUUGUUUAUUGUGAGAUGCACUACUUGACACCACCUCAAAGAGAUAAAUAAUUUAUUAUCAUAGUUUAUAAUGUUUAUAAUGUUUAUUAAUAAUUUAUUAUAACAAAAUAAUAAAAUUAUAUGAUUUUAA